CUUAAUUUUUGGCCAAAAAAAUGAUUCCAGUACUCGACCACCCCCCGUAUUCACCAGAUUUGAGUCCUCCGGACUAUUUCCUGUUCCCAAAGUUGAAGAUGGAGUUCAAGGGGCAGCAUUUUUCCACCAUUGAAACGAUUCAAGAAGUGGUGACCCAAAAGUUGAAGAACAUUCCUACAGCUGACUUCUCACGGGCCAUGGAAAAAUUGGGCGAUCGUGCAAGAAGGUGUAUAGAAUGUAAUGGUGACUAUUUUGAAUAAAAAA